AUGCUGGCCUCUAUCACACUCUGCCUUUUUCUGUCCAAGAUGAUGAUCAUCACAGUGGUUUCUGAUCCCACGUACCGAGCUUACAAGACACUUUCCAUGGGCGAAGCCAACGUUCAUUAUUGUAACCGUAUACCCGGCCGCACUGCUGGAAAGCUGUUUAGACGAGGACUUGAUGUCGGGCCUCAAGUUCCCGAUAGCAAUUCGAAUUCUACUUCGGUACUCCCAGAUCCGAGUCAGCCGAUUGAUUUAACACCGGGAAAAUGUACUAGUCCCACUUGCUAUCCCGGUACUUUUCAGCCACCUGCCCUAGAGGACUGCCAGAAAGUUAUUGAGGCUCAACUUUACCACUCUACCGGCAGUCUUUCGGCCGCCCCAGGAACAUGGGUCUUUGUUUCCUACGGAACUUGUGCUACUGUAUUCCAAAACCCCGAAGAGUCCAGUUAUAACAUCCAGUACAACUGGGCUGAGUUAGGUGCGCAGGCCGGAAGAAUAGCCGGAAAAUGUUCACUGCAAGAAGAUAAAUCUAUCGGUGGAGUUUGCAUGUUCAAGAAAUAUCUGGACUACAAAUUCAAUGAUGUGAUGAUCAGUCUCCAAAGAUUUGAUGAUCGAGACAUCGAGAUGUCUAAGUAG